AUGAGGGGAGGCCAUUUUUUCUGAACACGCACGUUUGAUCAGCAUUGCAAAUUUUGCAUGAUGAGUGGGAAUGUUUUUUUAUUUUUUUAUGAAGUUGUAAACCCCUUUCGAAAGAGCCCUUCAACAUAUAGACCCGAAUAACUGCCCCCGUUACGCCAAACUGUGGACUGCUAAUUAAGGAUGAUAAGAUGGAAAACCUUUUGAAUGAAAAGAAAAAUUUUAUUAGACAUGUUUUGAUGAACGCGCCUCCUGGGAAAGUAGCCGACUUGGUAUCAGACUUAAAAACCCUCUUUGGAACAAGUGCGGUUAUUCAAAAUUCAAUUGAAGAAGCCGUGUCCGCUUACAAUGAAAAGAAUUAUGCCAUCAUUCCCCUCUCGGGUGACGAAUAUGUCAUCACCUGUGAGGAGUCCAAAGUUGGAAAUUCGUACCUCCAGCCGAAGUUGAAAUCGUUGCAUGACGUUAACCACUUGAAGAAGAUAAACACAACGGUGGACUUUGAAGAAGUGACCUACCCAGAGCUUUUGGAAAAUUAUAGGUUCGACAUUUGUUCAUCAAAGGGGACAGAUUACUUCGCCUUUUUCUACUGCACGGAUGGGGAAGUAGAACAUGCAAAAAGCUGCAGCGCAAAACUGGAGGAGUAUGUCCAAGUGCACUACUCGAAAUGGAACGAACUGCAGACGAUUAAUUACCCAACUGUUAAUAUCAACUCGAAGAAUGGCCUUAGCGUGAAAUGCUGCUCGUCCGUCUACGCUACGGAGAGCGAAGGCAGAUUUAAUCUCCUCCUCAUCAUCUGUUGCGACAGACACUAUUUGAAAAAUUUCCACGCCAGUUCGUGGAGGAGCUCCUGGAAUGUGACUUUUUUAACAACGGAUGAGGAAGUUCUCUUAAAUGUAGAAAUAAAAUUCGCGCCCUUUCAUUUUGUCCUAUUUGGACAAGGCACCAUAGACGUAAUUCUCACAUAUUUCGAAGACGCGAACAUCAAUUUUAAGGCCACCAAGUGUUUUGAGAAAAGGGUCCAUGUGAACAACGAUGUUGACAAUUUUUCGGCAAAUAUUUUGUCCGCCAUACGGGAGUGUGAGAAUUGCGCGCUGUAUGAGUUAAACGAGUUUCUUAUCCAUAUAGAUAAGGAACUGAUCAAGAACACACGGAAAAUAAUACCGUUCAAUGGAGACAAGUUUGACUGGAAGGAGACGUACCAUGACAUUCCAGCUCAAAUUAAGUAA